CGCAUAAUUUUGUGACUCAGAACCGGACACAACAGAAUGAGACAACAGAUGUUCUGAAAGCUAAAAGUAGGGAGUAGCGAAAACUGCCGAUGUGGAGCAUCACCAGAGAAUGCUGACCAUGUCCUUCAAAGCUGCAUACUAUAUUAAGAGGCCCAAACAAGACUCUGGCCCUAAAACUCUCCUGAAAAAUAAAAACUAUACGGAGAACUGCCUGAUCUUGAGACCUCCGACAAUCCAAGGUGAAGACACCAAAUGUAACUCAUCAAGGCACAGUCGACAAGUCAUCAAAGAGAGAAACAAAAGAUACUCAACAAUAGGCAUAUGGGAUGUAAAAUGUCACCGGAAUGAAGGUUUCGUCAUUGAAAGACAAGCAGACGUCAAAAUGUGUCUCUUUUGGGGUCUCACUAGAGAUUUUAAAAUCUUUUCCGCUGCCAAAGCAGAUUGUGAAGCUAAAGGAGCGAGACUUGGAGUCUUCAAAGGGGCUGAGAAAAUGACUAUACUCAAGAGGAAGGGAGCAUCUGCGUAUAGACACAUAUGGAUUGGUCUAGAUGAUAUAAAAACCGAGGGCACCUUUGUCUGGCAUGACGGAACUAUUCUCCCCCCUUCUGAAUAUAGACCUUUGUAUUUUGCUGAAAACCGACCAGAUAAUGUUAAUGGCGCGGACUGUGUUCAUUAUUCCAGAGAUUUAAUGUUGCUGGACGACCAUCCAUGCCAGUAUACAUAUAACCACGUGUGUGAGAAACUGAUUUCAUAAAUUUAUGUUCGACAAUAUAUAUAUAGAAUGAAAUAAAGCUGUACCAAUCUCAAACGAUAAA